CAACACAACACUGCAUCAGUCAGCGCUCGGGUCUCGAGGGAUAAUCUUGACCUGUUGAGGUGGACACAGAAACACUGCAGGUUACAUCGGCUCCAGCUGACCUCACUUCUCCAUUACGACUGACAUCAUGUUACUAAAUAACAACUCUAGAGUCAUUUCAACACUCAGUCGGUCAGAUCAGAGGAAGUUAAAACCACACGAGGAGCUGAGAGUAUUUAAAGAAAGAGUUGAGAGCAAAUGAUGAAGAGAAAGAGAAAAUGUCUGAGUGUCAUCUGUGUCUGCUGGGACUGAUCGCUCUCUCUUCACUUCUCACAGGUGUCAGUGGAGAGAAUGAGACUCAUGUGUUCAUCAGAUCUGGUGAAGAUGUCCGUCUGCCCUGUAAUAAUGCUCUUCAUGAUGCUCUUCAUGACUGCAACUCAACUACAUGGAUCUAUUAUAACGGAUUCAAUCAUUCAGCAGCAGUUGAACUGAUUACUUUAGGGAUAAAGAGGAAAGACAGAGAGAGACAUGAGAGACUGAGUCUGGGGUCUGACUGCUCUCUGAACAUCAGGAAGAUCUCAACAGAAGAUUAUGGAUCUUACACCUGCCAACAAUGGACUGAGACAGUACCACCACUAAGACCUGACGCUCGUGUUUAUCUGGAUGUUCUUCAUGUCUCAUCCUCACAGACUCAGAUCAGUUCAGAUCUCUCCUGUCAGCUGUAUUUAUAUCCUCGAGGCUCUUGUGAUGAAUGGAUCAGUUCUGAGGGAAUUCAUCUGUUCUGGGUGAAUCAGGCUGAUGUUAAACCGGUGAGAUCAUCCUCAUCAGAUCACUGUAUCAUCUCUCUGACUACAACACUCCUGAAUGAAGAUCACAACAGAGAGUGGAGAUGUGAAGUUACUCACAGAGAUCAAGUCAAGACCUCAGUCACAAUCACUGUCAAGAGAUCAGAUCAAGCUCAAACGACGACACCAGUCUCAAACUCUCAGGAUCCCUCAACUACAAACACACCAGACACUUCUACACAGACAGGGCCAGUAACAGCGUUGACGUACAAGGGUGGUAGUACGUUCCAGCCCUUGAUGACCAUGAUUGUCAUGAAGAUUAGUCAGUACUUCACUUCUCAGCCUCUGUGGACUGCUGGAGAUUCCUUGGCCCGCUCCAAAGCUGAGGGGACCCCACCACGUUUCCAAUACACCAAGAAAGCCUGUAUCACUGCGUCUUCAGCCUGUAACACUUGCAGGUCUAAGCCCACGGCUUGCAUAUGCGAGUGGCCGACGUUGCCCUCCUCCCUGUUCCUGGGACAGGACUGCCCCCAGCCCCAGAUUGCUAGCAUCCACUUCUAG